UAGGUGGCGGUAAAGGCCCAUAUAACGACAUCCCUACCACCGAAACAAGAAUGUAGCAUACCCGUUCCCUUUGAUAGCAUAUAAUGGAACAAUCUACAAAUGAACCCCAUGUAAAGACAUUUACAUGCCAGUUCUGUGGUUUAAGUUGUCCUUUUACUUGCUACGGGCAGAAACCACCAAACACCAGAGCCAUUGUGUUGCUGGAGGAGAGUUUUGUGACGAAAGACCCCUUCAGUCCGGACAAGGAAAAGUUCCUUGUUUUGGGUUCAAAGUGUAGCUUGUGUGACGGUACUGUUUGUGUUGGCUCGGACUGCAGCCUUUUCUACACCAGGAGGUUUUGUAUCCGCUGUGUGAACAAGAACCUGGACCAGUUCCCCCUGCAGAUUCGGGCCGAGCUGGGCAAAAAGGGGCAGCCAUCCCUGGACACCACCAAGCCAUAGGUUUAUGGGUUUUUCAUAUUUAUAAACACCAUCUUGUGUGCACAUUUGCAGUAUGGCAGCCAUCACAAAGGAACUCAUAGUACAAGUUUGCACAAAUAUUUCAGACAUUUUCGAUUUCUACACUAAAGGAGUGACCUCCUAAAGAUUUUUGGGAUUAUCUUUGAUAUUCUAUCACAAAAUUACAACAUUGCCUGUGUUUAUGAUGCUGAACCUCAUUCAUUCUUGUACUUGUACGAGUCAUCAUUGACAUCGGCGGAGCCUAAAACUGCUCGUUCUUAAAUUUUAUAAAAAAACAACCCUCUUGUGCACUUUUCUUUACCCGUGUCAUCAGUUAAUGUCUGGAGACGCUCACUCACGUCACCAUAAACACUAGAUAGGACCAAAGAAAUACAGCAUUUUAAUCUUCUAUGUCUAAAAGAGUCCACAGUGGCAAAGUCUAACAGUGAUAAGCACCCAGCCAACUAUGACGGCACCUUCACUGUCGUCAUCCCUUUCAGGAGGUUUGUACUGCGGUUGUCCCUUUUUAUUUACACACACACACACACACACACACACACACACACACACACACACACACACACACACACCUUUCCUGCAAAUGUCACAUGUUCCUUGAGUAACCUUGACCUGCUGAGCGGAUUUGCGCUGAUUCAAUCAAGUUGUGCCUUGAGUUGUUUGUGUCUCAUCGCAAUUCGAUGAAGCCCUGCUGUCUUGUUGUUUGAUGGUUGCGAUAGUGGUACUGCCCAGCAGCCUGGAGUGGCCACCCUUUAAUCCAGCUCAUGUUUUUAUCUGAUGACAAGUACCCUUUAAACUCUUUACAGUGUACUAGAUAGCAUUUAUUGAUAUUAAUGUGUGGAGAUAAGUGCUGUAAUUUACAGUAGAGAUGGCCAUUGCCGCUGAAAUUGCUUUAGAAAGCAAUCUUUUUUUAUAUCUUAUUUUAUAAAAAAAUAUUAUUUGUGUUUUAUGUUUUUUAUAUAUAUACAGAAACAUUUUAAAUGUUUUUUUACUUUGCUCAUUUACAUAUGAAAUUACAUUUACAUAUGAAAUUAAAUCAAAGGCUGUAAUGAAGAAAAGUAUUUGUAAGUAAACAUGUGUAAUAAACAUAACUGGUAGAAAAUAAUUUCAGACUGCUGAAUGCCAAAUAAGACCCUCUACCUGCCCACACGCACAACCAAAACUUUAAAUUAUUAUUUAUUCAAAAUUAUUUAAAUUAUUUGUUCAAUUUACUGUUUACGCUGUACAUUGUUGUUCAUAUUUGAUGUCAUCUAUUUAUUCACGACAUUAUUUAUUAUACGGGAGCCAGGCAACGACAUUUUGUUGGCAAUUUUACUGCUAUAUCUAACUAUAUAAAACAUUUUAUAUUACAUUUCUAUGUUUGGGUUUAAGAGAGAGAAUUCUUUAUUCAGAAAUGAAAUCAGUUAAUGCUUUUAAAAAUAAUUGUAAUGUGGAUGUUCUGUUUGAUUAUUUACCCUAUUUUGUUCUUAUUGUGUAAAUAAAAACACAUCACAUAUCAUAGCAAUUCCUUGAUAGCAAGCAAACACGCCCACUAGUGGCCUUGAAAGGCAUCAACAUGACACCACAGCAAUCUGAUUGGACGCAAUGCCGUGAUGAUGUCCCUGCGUUCUCCGUUGUCGCCUUUUAAUGUCAUGCAUUAAACUAAUCUUUGUUUUAAAAACCUAGUUGCCAUAUGACAUCAUUACUGUCUUCCUUUAUUGUCAUGCGGUAAAAUCCGUCGUUUUUUAAAAGCUAGUUUCGAACAGGAAACGUCGAGCAUAUGGCUAUUUCUUCAGCAUGAAUGCGUCUCCGUGUCAACAAAUACUGCAGUCAAACUAUUAAUGAGGCCAUUAUCGGUGUGUAGAGUUAAUCCAAUCUUCCUUAGUGGUGCUUUAAGGGCGCUCAAUGGGCGGUCCGAAGGAGCGCAGACCAAUGAAUGGCCGUCUCUGUUUAAAUAGUCCUUCAUGUCAACUUGUCUUCUUCACU